GACUGUGAGAAUACUAAGGCCAAAAUUGAGGAACGAGGCGAAUCAAUAAAACUCGGAUUUAUUUUGGACAAGGUAGGGCAUUUAUUAUUAAGCAGUAUUAAGUAGCAAGUACUAAGUAGACAUGGUAACAUAUAUACAUGGCGCUUUUAAAAACUCAAAUUAUUCAUGAAACGUUUGAUAAAUGAGUUUAAAAUCAAAUAUUUUCCGUGCCAGGAGUGGAUGUGAGAAGCGUGACGUUUGUCACUGGUCUGUACGACAUUGGGCGUGCCGACUGGAAACACUACACGAGGAAUAUGACUGAUUAUCUCACGUAUUUUUCACAUUUGCUGACACUAAAAGUGAUGUUGUACGUGUUUUGUGAGGGUGAGGUAGCCGAGUUUGUCAGACAGAACAGAAACAGUGAAGACACAGUCAUACAUGAGGUUCCCUUUAAAGACGUAGAGUGUUACAAGUUUAGACAGUCCAUACAAAGAGUAAUGCGUAGCAAGACGUUCCGAAAGAACAAUACAUUACUAAACCAUCCGGAAUGUUUCUCCGCAGACUAUGUUAUCAUAACGAAUAGCAAAGUGUCUUUUCUCAAAACUGCUACAGAACGCAAUCCGUUCGGAACCUCUCAUUUUGUUUGGAUAGACGCUGGUUACGGUCACGGAACUGGGAUCUACCCAGAAAAUGGCAAAUGGUUACCAGCUAAACUACUCGGAAUGCAUAGGAAAAUUACCUUCAUACAGCUCAGAGAUAUAGCAGCAGACGACGACAGUGAUUUACAUAAAGGAAAAGAACCUGUUUUAAAUGGUGGGUUCUUUGGAGGCGACAAAUGGGCGAUUGAGGAAUAUUAUCGUACAUACCGGGACGUUUUCUGCGCAUGCCUGAACAAGAAUGUCGUUGACGAUGACCAGAGUAUCGCUCUUUACACGUACUUCCGGUAUCCAUCUUUAUUUGAAUUCGUCCGAGGAGAUUGGUACGAUGCAAUAAAACUUUAUUCUUGAAA